UUUUCAAAUGGUAUCAUACGAUUCUGUAUACGAGGAAUGCUGGGUACUCCACAGAGAAAUUCAAUAGUCAACUUCCUCUAGUUAACUUUCUGUUAGUCCUAGAGGAGGCAUAUGGUUCUUCAUUUGAUAUGGACUUGAUUGACAACUUUGAAAAGAGAUGGCAUGAGGCUUUGUGUCUGAUGGAGAGAGAUUUCCCAGCUGCCUUACAGACGUUUUUCUUCCACCUACUACAUCAUCUACCACAAUAUAUAAGAUUGUACGGACCACCAAGAAAUUUUUGGAUGUUCCCUAACGAGCGAUUUAAUCACACUUUAACAGAGGCAGUAUCAAACAACCAGUAUCCUGAGUUAUCUGCCAUUAAGAAAGUUGAGGUGCAGUGGUUGAUCACUUUACUCAACAGUGCUGGUUUUUUCCGUCCAAUUAAAGUAGAAGCAGCUAAACUAAACAGUCUGCUGGAAGAUUUAACCCAGAGACGAGACAUCUUACAGCAGAUGAAAUGCCACAAAUUAAAGACUUUUACCAAAGUGAGAUUAUUCAAAAGGAAAUAACAAUAUACCAUCAUGCCU